UGGCGGCCUCCUGCGCUCUGAGAAGCAACGUGAGAACCCAUUAAAAUGAGUAACUUUUGGAUAACUUGAAGAUCUAUCACAAAUAUUGAACAAUUACAGCAUAUAAUCCUUCCAAACUAAGUGUUUACUCCCGGAAUUCUGCUUUCAAAGACGAGAUUUGUGUGACAGAGGGAAACCAUCUGCACUGAAAUGGCAUCUUUCAAACCUACAAAAAUUCCAAUCUAUCCUAAACUAGGAGAAAAAGUCACACAAGACACAGUCUACUGGAAAAACUAUAAGGCUCCAGUGCAGAUAAAAGAAUUUGGAGCAGUCACAAACAUACACUUCUCCCCUGUAGCUCCACAUAACUAUGCUGUGACAGCGUUCACAAGGAUCCACAUUUAUGGGCCGUUCUCGCAGGAACCCGUGAAGUCAUUUACACGAUUUAAGGACACAGCGUACUGUGGGAGAUACAGGUCAGACGGUCAGCUUCUCGUGGCAGGAUGCGAGGACUCUGUGGUGAGGCUGUUCGAUGUCAGCGGCAAGGUGGCACUGAGGAUGUUCAAAGGCCAUACAAAGGCUGUACAUGUUACAGACUUUACUUCAGAGCGCUACCACAUCUUCACAGGCUCAGACGACUACACCUGUCGCCUUUGGGACAUCCCAAAUGCUACCGAGCUCAACACCUACCAGGAACACACAGAUUACAUUCGCUGCGGUGUCACAAGCAAACUCAACAGAGACCUUUUCAUAACAGGUUCUUAUGACCACACACUGAAACUGUUUGAUGCCAGAGUGGAUAAGAGUGUGAUAACCAUGGACCAUGGCCAACCGGUUGAGAGUGUGCUUCUCUAUCCUUCAGAGGGCCUUGUUGUUUCCGCAGGUGGUCGCUAUGUCAAAGUGUGGGAUCUGCUGAAAGGAGGCCAGCCCCUGGUGUCCCUGAAAAACCAUCACAAAACUGUCACUAGUUUAUGUCUCAGCAGCAACGGACAGAGGCUGCUGUCAGCGUCUCUGGACAGGCAUGUGAAGGUGUACAACACAACCAACUUCAGAGUGGUCCACAACUUUGACUACGCUGCCUCCGUCCUCAGUCUGGCUUUGGCUCCAGAUGAUGAAUCCAUCAUUGUUGGUAUGACCAAUGGUGUUCUGAGUAUCAAACACAGGAAAAGCCCCGAAGAGUCGAAGGAAGUGUCACACCAACAGAGGAGACGACCAUCAUAUCGGGUUUUUGUGAAAGGCAAGAACUACAUGCCCAAACAGGAUGAUUACCUCGUCAGUAAGCCGGUGAGAGAAUAUUUGACCAAAUAUGACAAGCAUCUGAAGAAAUUUAACAUAUCCAAGGCUUUGGAUUCAGCUCUGCAGGCAGGCAACAGACAGAGAAAGCCAGAGGUCACGGUCGCUGUUAUUAAGGAGCUGGAUCGAAGAGGAACGUUAAAGAACGCUUUGGCAGGAAGGGAUGAAAAGGCGCUCUCUGAGCUGCUGCACUUCAUCACAAAGAACAUGGUGGAUUUCCGAUUCGCUCCUGUCCUCGUACCAGCGGCUAAUAUGAUCCUGGACAUCUAUCGUUCCGUCAUCGGUCAGUCGCCGGUUGUGGACCGCCAGCUGCUAUAUCUGCAGGAUCUGCUGCAGAAGGAGAUCAAUUACCAACAAGAACUCCUGGACGUUCUGGGCAUGUUGGACACACUGUUUGCCUCUUCGGUCCCCAGGAAGGAGUUGCUGUGCUCCAGCAGCAGCAGAACCAACGGCUUGGCUCAAGGAGAAACUGCAAGUACUGCAAGACCAGAGCUUCAGGCCACCUGAGGCCUGGAGGGAAUGAACAACUGUACACUGGGUUAGAGUGCCUUUCCAACUCUAAAACCUCUUUUCAAAUCAGAAUCUUUUCUGACAUGACACCAUACAUGUCACAGACUUAAUCUCUGUUAAGAAACAUUUUGGUGCAGGUUUUAAGAGACAGACAAAAACUCAUGAUCUCACUCUGGUGUUUUAACCCAAGAGGAGCAGCACAGACAACAUCCAUUCUGCAUCUGUACAAAGAACCUCUGAAUAUAUGGUGUAAAACAGGAUGUUUUUAUUGGAAAUCUUGUAAUUACACUUCCAGGUGUGUGUGUGUGCGUGCGUGCGUGCGUGCUUAUUUGUAUGAAUGGAUUCAGUGCUUAUGUCUGCUUUGUGUUUUCAUAAUAUUUGGCAUUGACAAAUGUUUUAUAAGCAGAUAACAAAAAUAAAUCUUUGUUACAGUGAAA